AUGAGGACCCUCGCCCUCCUCGCUGCCAUUCUCCUGCUGGCCCUCCAGGCCCAGGCUGACCCACUCAGACAAGCGGAUGAUGAGGCUCCAGCCCAGGACGAGCCUGAAACAGGGGACCAGGACAUGGCAGUCUCCUUUGCAGGAGAUGAGCGCUCAGUCCAAGAGGCUUCAGGCCUAAAGAAGACCACUACCUGCUACUGCAGAAGUGUACGGUGUUUUCGCUUUGAACGUCUUUUGGGGAGAUGCACCAUCCAGGGAGUUGUCUCCUUGUUUUGCUGCCGUUGA